AAAUGGCACCGCUCCAUUCACCUCACAAAUUUCGGUAACCUUCUCUUAUUCGUUAACAAAAAUAAAAGCUCUAUUUAUCGGAGAAGAUGGCCUCAAAUCCAAUUGCAACGGAAAAUAUCGACGCCGCACCAAACGCUGACGCCAGUAACAAAUCCUCCGUCUACCUCCGAGACAUGGACGAGAUGAAGCGAGUCUUCAGCCGCUUCGACGCCAACGGCGACGGCAUGAUCUCCGUCAACGAGCUCGACAACGUCCUCCGCGCCCUUGGAUCCAGCAUCCCGCCGCAGGAGCUCCAGCGCGUCAUGGACGACCUCGACACCGACCACGACGGCUUCAUUAACCUCUCCGAGUUUGCCGCGUUCUACCGCGCAGAAACCGCCGACGGCGGCGACACUGAGCUCCAGGACGCCUUCAACAUGUACGACCAGGACCAGAACGGGCUCAUCUCCGCCGCCGAGCUCUGCCAGGUUCUGAACCGCCUCGGAAUGAGCUGCACCAUCGAUGAAUGCCGCAACAUGAUCAAAUCCGUCGAUGCCGACGGCGACGGCAACGUGAACUUCGCGGAGUUCAAGUGCAUGAUGAGCAACAACCGCGAAAAUACUUGCUGAAAAAAAAAAUAUUAGCAGCUUCUUGGUUUCUUUCCAUAACCUCUGACUCGUAGAUCUGCGCCUCUUAUGCUCUCUCAUUACUUUCCUCCUCGUUCCGUUAUUGAUUAUGUGUUCAAUCGCCCUGAGUAGGACUAGAAUUAGAAAAUUGAGUGAAAAAUUAUUCCUAUGCUUGCGUGAAUUCUAAUUUCUCUUCGUGACCUUAUUUGCUACGUUUUCAAUGAAUUUGUUGUCCGUCGUGAUGAGCGGCGAUAAACAAUUGGAUCCUUCCGAGAAUGCCAACCUCCGUGUGUUUGCGGUUGUGGAAUCACGUCGUGACGGUUGAUUCUUUGCCGAAUGAUGUGAAGAGGAAAUUGUGGCAUACGGCACACGCUGUGAAUUGAUUAUGACUUGUUUUAAUAUCGA